AUGAGUAGUCCUGUGGCAGUGAAUCCAUCCAAGCGCUUUCGCGAGCUAACCCAAGACAUUAACGUUUGGACCAAUCUGUUGGGCGUUGAUGUGCUGGCUCCCAAAGUGCAGUUCAAUUAUCGCACCUGGACCACAACCUUUGCAAUUGUCAACUAUACGGGCUUCACCAUUUUCUCGAUGGUCGACAAUGGCGGCGACUGGCGGGUGAGCCUGAAGGCCAGUCUGAUGUUCGGAGGCCUGUUCCAUGGCUUGGGAAAGUUCUUAACCUGCCUGCUGAAGCAGCGGACCAUGCGGAGACUCACAUUCUUUGCCCGUAACAUUUACGAGGAGUACGAGAAAAAAUCCGAUGUACAUGGCCGAACGCUGGACAUGAACAUCGAUCGAUUGCUGGGCCUAAUGCGAGGUAUACGCCACGGAUAUAUGGCCACGUUUUUGCUAAUGACGAUCCUUCCGAUGGCAAUGCUCCUGUACGAUGGCACUCGGGUCACUGUGAUGCAGUAUCAGAUCCCUGGACUACCGCUGGAGAGAAACCUUUGCUACUCGAUCACCUAUCUCAUCCAGCUGGUGACAAUCGGUGUAGCUGGCUGCGGCUUCUAUGCGGGCGAUUUGUUUGUCCUUCUCGGUCUCACUCAGAUCUUGGCGUUUGCGGAUAUUCUACAGCUCAAGGUUGAUGCCCUUAAUGCUGCUCUGGACCGAAAGGCCGAAGCCAGGACUUUGUUUAGUGUGGGUGCGCACAUAACAGGAGAGGAAGAGCGACAGGAGCUGCUAUUGGAUGUGAUCAAGUGGCAUCAGCUAUUCACGGACUACUGCCGCACUGUGAACGAACUCUACCAUGAUCUGAUCGCCACCCAGGUGCUGUCUAUGGCCGUGGCGGUGAUGCUCAGCUUUUGCAUCAUACUGAACAGCUUUCACAUGCCAUCGGCCAUAUACUUUUUGGUCUCAGCCUACAGCAUGUCUGUCUAUUGCCUGCUGGGCACCAAAAUUGAAUUUGCAUACGACCAGGUCUACGAGACCAUUUGUAGUGUGGCCUGGCAGGAACUUAGCUGCAGCCAGCGCAAACUGUUGAACCCGAUGCUGCGAGAGGCACAGAAUCCGCAGAGCAUUAAACUCCUUGGCAUCCUGCCGUUGUCCGUGAGAACUGCCCUGCAGAUAAUAAAACUCAUUUACAGCCUCUCCAUGAUGAUGAUGCAGAAUCGCACUUAGAAAGCAAGCACUGGACUCCACUUUCCUUAUAUUAAAUCACUUUUUAUUAAAUUAAUAUAAUUCCUAGGCCAUGGGCACCUUUCAGUGGCACAUAUUUAAGUAUUU